UAGCAGGCUAAGUCUUUUGAGCUCUGUGAAUGUGUAACGCCCAAACCCCCUUGGAUUCCCUCAGAAAUAGUGGUUUAAGGGAGUAAUGUGCUUAAAGUAAUGUCCCCAUUGUUCUGACAGCCCCUGGCGCUUUUCCUGUUGUUGCCUGUGCAGUAAGACUUUGCUGCUCCCUUCAGAGGCUCUCACACACUCACACACACUCUCACACACAGACAGACACACAGACACACACAGAUGAGGAGCACUGGGGGGACACCCUGAGCCCAGCUAUGUGCUGUUUGUGCAGAAAUGCAUGCUUUGCAGGGGGAGCUUUGGAAAGUGUAGAUACCAGCUGCAGAGAAAGCCUCCAGUGAAGAGUAAGAGCCCAGGCUGCACAGGCUGGAGUCUCACUGGGAAGGAAGGAGCCUUUUUGGAGGACUCUCAGCCCUGCCAUGCCCAGUCCCCUGCCCACUGCCAGCAUCACUGCAGCCUGCCAACCUGUUACAUCUCUGGGAUUGUAAGGCUCCGCUCGUACAGUAAGGAGCUACUGGCUGCUACAGCGCCGCUCACACCACUGGAAACCCUAUUUAUUAACUACUUUCAUAAGUAACGCAGUGGAUUCCUAUACAAAGCCAUCCCCAAUGCCGUUAUCGUUGCUUUUCACCCUUAUCUUGGCAAACUUUUGCAGCCAAGUCUUUUCAAGCCAGAGUGGAUCUAUAAAGCCAGCGAGACCCCUGAGUCUGAAGCGAGAUGAGAGCAACCUCCUUACAAAACUGUACCGAAAAGAAGAAACCCUUCACAUUACAGAAAAUGGCUGCAUAAGCAGUCCCCGCUUUCCCAACAGUUAUCCCCGAAACCUCCUGCUCACAUGGAAACUAAGCUCGGCAGAAAACACCAGAAUUCAGCUUGCGUUUGACAGUCAGUUUGGGUUAGAAGAGCAAGAAAAUGAUGUAUGCAGGUAUGAUUUUGUUGAGGUGGAGGAAGAUUCUGAGACCAGUUCAGUUAUUCGAGGAAGAUGGUGUGGCCAUAAGGAGGUUCCUCCAAGAUUGACAUCGAAAGCAAAUCAAAUAAAAGUCACCUUCAAAUCUGAUGACCACUUUGUGGCUAAGCCUGGCUUCAAGAUAUGUUACUCUCUUGUGGAGGAAGACAUCCCAGCCCAAAAGGAAGAGGGCGAGUGUCCAUGUGCCAGUUCCCCGCAAAAGAAUGAUUUUCUGCCGGCAGCCUCGGAGACAAACUGGGAAUCUGUCACCAGCUCCUUUUCCGAACUGUCCUAUCACCCACCGUCAGUGACCGACUCCACUGUUACUGCCGAAGCCCUCGACCAAACCAUUGCCCAUUUUGACACCGUUGAAGAGGUACUUAAACAUUUCAAUCCCGAAUCGUGGCAGGAUGAUCUAGAAAAUCUCUACACAGAUACAUCUCAGUUCCGCGGAAGAACGUUCCAAGAAAAAAAAUCAAAAGUCAAUUUGGACAGGCUUAAUGAUGAUGUCAAGCGCUACAGCUGCACUCCAAGAAAUUACACAGUGAAUUUAAGAGAAGAAUUAAAAAUUACCAAUGCCGUAUUCUUUCCUCGAUGCCUGCUCAUCAAGCGCUGUGGAGGAAACUGCGGCUGCGGAACUCCAAACUGGAAAUCUUGUGUUUGUACAUCUGGAAAAACGGUGAAAAAAUACCAUGAGGUGCUGAAAGUCACGCCGGAUAACAGCAACAACAAAAAAACAAAGAGCAAAUCCAAGAACAUGGCCAUUGUUGAUAUCCAGCUUGAACAUCAUGAGCGAUGUGAUUGUAUCUGCAGUUCUAGGCCCCCGCGAUAAGUCCUUAAAGAUGAUCAGCAGCUUUAUGAACUAUAAUGUACAGUCAUCUAAAUGUCUUUACUUGGCAUCAGAACACUGAUACUAGCCUUCAGCCUAACAAUACCUAUUAGUGCGGUGCUCCUACAUAGCUUUGUGUCACAAACAUUUCUGUUAUGCUGACUAGAGAAAUCAAAGGGUUCUAGACCAUAAAAAGCCACGGAGACAUUUCUAAGGAAUUUGGUUUCAGAGGUGCUUCCACGAGACAUUUUACUGUGCAAAGAGGAUGAAAUACUAAAGCAAACAAUUAGACAUUUUGAAAUGUAAAUGACCAAAUGAAGUGCCAUAAAUACAGUACUUACCUAUCAAUAUCAAA